CAGGCCAGCAGACCAAUAAAUAUUGCUUUUAUAUUUACUAAUUUAAAAAAACAAAACACAAAAUAAAAAAAAAAAAAAAAGAAAAGGAAAACCUUACUACUUAGUUGCAUUCCUGUAUUAAGCCAUUUCCUUCUACAAAACACAAUAUAUCAACACAACUUCCUUUCUUUCUUGUAAACCAAAAAUGGCUUCUUCUCCAUUUCCUCCUCUUAUUUUCUCUCUCUUAAUCUUCAUUUCACUCUCUCUAAUACCCUUUUCUUUUGCUCAAGGUGACAAAGGGCUCCACAAAGGAUGGUAUAAACCCACCCAAGUAUCCGACCCGCCCGAAUAUGAUCUCGAUUCAUCCAAUGAAUCAUACGGUCCCGAAGGUGUAACCGUUGAUCCGACUUUCCAAUUCGAGAAUGAUAAGCUUCGUAAAGCCUACAUUGCUCUUCAAGCAUGGAAAAACGCUAUGCUAUCAGACCCAUCCAAUUUUACCGCAAAUUGGAUGGGUCCUGAUGUUUGUAGCUAUAAUGGGGUUUAUUGUGCUAAUUUACCCAACUCAAGUUACGACUAUUAUUCAACCCCGGUUCGGGUCGUUGCUAGUUUAGAUCUUAACCAUGCGGAUAUUGCCGGGUACUUACCCGACGAGCUCGGAUUAUUAUCCGACCUCGCAGUAUUCCACAUUAACUCGAACCGGUUUUGUGGGACCGUGCCCAAAACUUUUUGCUCAAUGAAACUAUUGUACGAGCUUGAUAUAAGCAACAAUAGGUUUGUGGGCAAAUUCCCUUCGGCUCUUUUAACUCUGCCAUCUUUAAAAUAUUUAGAUAUCCGAUUCAACGAUUUCGAGGGCCCGAUCCCUCCGGCUAUCUUCGACAAACCGCUGGAUGCUCUUUUCCUAAACAACAACCGGUUUAAACACGGUAUCCCAUCCAACAUGGGUAACUCCCCUGUUUCAGUUUUAGUAAUGGCAAACAAUGAGUUAGGAGGAUGUAUACCUACUAGUAUUGGUAAAAUGGGCUACACUUUAUACGAACUUAUUCUCCUAAACGAUAAUCUUACCGGGUGUUUACCCGAAGAGAUUGGGAAUUUGAAAUAUGUAACGGUUUUUGAUGUGAGUUAUAACAAUUUAGCCGGGUCUUUACCGUCUACUAUCAGUGAAAUGACUAGUGUUGAGCAAUUAGAUGUGGCACAUAACAGGUUUACAGGGGUUAUUCCUGAUGUUAUUUGUAAACUUCCUAAGUUGGAAAACUUUACGUAUUCUUACAACUAUUUUACUGGAGAAGGCCCGUCUUGUGCUGCGUUAGGUGCGGGGAAAGUGUCGAAUGGUUCGGAAAAUUGUAUAAUGAAUAAGGAUGAUCAGAGGUCUGCCGAAGAAUGUGCGUCACCAGAGGCUCAUCCGGUGGAUUGUAGCUAUUAUGGGUGCGCUAAGAAAUACUCUUACACACCAUCCACUAGCUAUUCACCUCCCAGUCCGGGUGGUUAUAGUGGUGGUGCUUCUUCUGGGUCUUAUUCUCCAUCUCCUCCUUACAGUCCCUCGCCAUCGUCCUACACUCCUCCACCUGCCGCCUACUCGACUUCGCCACCGUCGUACAGUCCCUCGCCAUCGUCCUACACUCCACCAUCUUACAGUCCUACAGUACCGUCAUACACUCCACCAUCAUACAGUCCUUCACCGUCAUACACGCCACCAUCAUACAGUCCUUCAUACACUCCACCAUCAUACAGUCCUUCACCGUCAUACACGCCACCAUCUUACAGUCCCUCGCCAUCGUCCUACACUCCACCAUCACCUCCCGCCUACUCGACUUCACCACCAUCAUUCAGUCCUUCACCGUCAUACACGCCACCAUCUUAUAGUCCCUCGCCGUCGUCCUACACUCCUCCAUCACCUCCCGCCUACUCGACUUCACCACCAUCUUACAGUCCCUCGCCAUUGUCUUACACUCCACCAACAACUCCCGAAUACUCAACUUCGCCGCCAUCUUACAGUCCCUCGCCAUCAUCUUACACUCCACCAUCGUACAGUCCUCCGUCGUACACUCCACCGUCUUACAGUCCUUCUCCGUCGUACACUCCACCGUCUUACAGUCCUUCUCCGUCGUACACUCCACCGUCUUACAGUCCUUCACCGUCCUACACUCCACCGUCAUACAGUCCUUCUCCGUCGUACACUCCACCAUUAUACACUCCUUCUCCGGCAUAUUCUCCACCGUCUUACAGUCCUUCACCGUCGUACACUCCACCGUCAUACAGUCCUGAUUACAAAUCACCAUUAAUGCCAUCAACACCUCCUAAAAAAGAUUGUCAUCCAGGCCAUGACUCAACACCACCGUCUCCGGUGUAUGACAACACUCCAAUUCCACCAGUUUACGGCGUUUCUUAUGCUUCUCCACCUCCUCCUAUCUACCCCGGUUACUAAUUUUAUACAUUUAUGAAUUUGGUUUAUCAAAAUUCAUUAAUGUUUUAAUUCGUUCAUUGAUUUCUUGGGGUUGGAUCAUUGUUACUAUUAUCCUAACAAAUUCUUCCAAAAAAAUCUAGGGGAAGUUCAAGAAAAAAAAGGAAAAAUGUUUGACAGAUUCAUUAUUGAAUUAUUGGUUGGCUUUACAAGAUCUGGCAUGCCAAAUACACCGUUUGAUGUUUUAUUUUUUGGAAAGUUAAACUUUCAAGAUUGUGUUUUUAGCAAAUAAUAUAAAUAUAUAUACUUCAUAAUUAUGUAGAUUUGUUUAAUUACUUCUGUGAUUUUGUGUUAUGUUUUUACAGAAUAUACUACGUAUACAAGUUGAUGAAUUUGACAGCUAUAACAAUUUUGUAUAUUUCGAUUUAAUUUAAUGCAAUGCUUUUAUUGA